AAGUACGGAGUUGCUUCUUCAAAUGGGACCCGUCGUCAAAAUUGAAGGAUUGGAAAUAUUAAGUGAUACCAUGCUACCUUGUGCAGAAGAAAACAUGCCUCUACGCCAGCACGACAACGAUCUCAAGCACACAGCGAAAAUAAUAAUAACAUUUUUUGCAGAUCACAAUAUUAAUGUCAUUAAGUGGCCAGUUCAGAUUCCAGACCUUAACCCCAUAGAGAACCUAUGGCAUUUAGUUAACAGAAAAAUUCGGACUGAACAUCCAGAAAAGUUCAAGAAUAGUGCCGAACUAUUUGAAACAAUCGAAGUCGCCCGGAAUUCUAUUCGAAAAGAAACAAUAGAUAGCCAAAUUGGUUCUAUGAGAAAAUGAUGUCUAGCAGUUAUCAAAAAUAAAGAUUAUGCAACCAAGUAUUAGCUUCUUUGUAUACGAC